AUGGUGACAUCAAAUAUUGGAAUGCAAGAACCUUCUUCGUCGUCGUCGUCUUUUUCAAGGAUUCUGGAUAGUUCUGGAGAGGAAAGGGAAUAUGUCGAUAUGGAAAAUUUAAAAUCGGGACACGCGACGGUUACGUUACAACAAAUUGUUCAACAACCGAAUCAUUCCAUACAAACGCAAAAUUCUUAUUACGAUUUAAUGGUUUCCUCGAGGCCAGAAAAUUGGAAUUCGUCAAAUCAAUUUCAAAAUGGCGGUAAUGGAAUACAACAAACAAUAAGAGAACAUAAAAUAUUAGGAAAAAGAAAAAAUUCGUGUCAUCAAAUUUCUCUCAAAGAUGCUGUUGAUGAAAGAUUUUGUUGA